GGUGCGGCUCUAAUGAAAAUCGUGGAGGUCUAUAAGGAGAUCCAGGAUCAGCAAAUGAAUAUUCUGAAAGCCUUCUAUGUUGAUCUGCUGGUGCCUUUGGAGACUAAUUUGGAAAAGGACACUAAAGUUGUACAGUCCGAGCAAAAACGGUUCCUCCAGCAGCACAAGCAGCGUUCGGAAACUUACAGCAAGGCGGCGGCCAUGAUGAAAAAACAAAGGAAGAAGUCGAGGAGCUCGACUAAAACGGGACUUGCCAUGGAUAAAGAACUUAAGAAUAUGCAGGUCCUUGAGGAGGAGAAGACCAAGCUGGACGCCUUCUGCGAACAAAGCCUGAAAAAUGCAAUGACCCAGGAACGACGUCGCUACGGUUUCGUGUUGGAGAGACAAUGCUCACUGGCGAAACACUACUUGUCCUAUCACAGCCAAGGCGUAGCUUCCUACGAUGCGAACUUGGAAAAGUGGUCCGAGGUGGCCAAGUCCAGGGAAUACCUGCCCGAGUCGGUAGAGAACAUCUUCAGCAACAGAUUAAGGCAAAUUUCCGUGUGGCAAGACGAAGACCUUUACUCCAACCCCAGAAGUCCAAAUUUCGAAGACGACAGGAUGAGCCUGAACUCCCAACUUAGGAAGACGAAAAGCAUGGACGCAUCCUGUUUGGAUAUCCGUUCGAUUGCUGAAGUUGGCUCCCCUGUCAACACUCUAUCCAGAGCCAAGUCCGAAUACAAUCUGAACUCGUCCACUCACUCUCUAGCUCAAGAUGGACACACCCCCACCAGGCGCCCAAAGUCCAUGGCGGUGCCCCCUCCGCCCUCGUGGGACACCCAGUUGGCGCGCGCCCUCUACGCCUACCUCUCUAGUGGCGAAAACCAGCUCAGCUUCCACGAAGGCGACUUGAUCGCCUUGAUAGGCGAGAGGAACAAGGGCUGGCAAUUCGGCGAGAAUCUCCGCACCCAGUGCAGUGGAUGGUUCCCUUUGGCCUACACUGAAGUAAUGGACGAUCCCAUGAUCUCGCCAUCCCACAGACCUGAAACCGGCGCCUCUCAGCACGUCAACUCUUCGGCUUCAGGAGGCGGCGGCAACAUGGCGAUGGGUUCCGCAGGGUCCGCAGGCGGCACCCCAUCGGGUAACAAUACGCUUGAGCAUACCGCACCCCGUAUGUUCGGUGACACGCUACAUCUCCACCGAUCCUCUAACAAUGCUAAACAGAUUCGGCGAGCGAUAGGUUCUAACAAUAUACCGCCCCCCGCACUGCCAGCACCUGUCCCCACCCCUUCACUGCCCUAUCAGAAGACUGGAAUCACCCAAUCACAGAGCACCAACUUUACUAAAACUGGAAUGGAUAUUUCAACAUUCCAAUCACCCUACCAACAAACAGGCAUGAAAACUUCAGCUUCGUCCUUCAACUUCACUACACCGUCUUCAGGAGCUUACUCCACACAUCCGCAACCUUCCAGAUCCGACAGGCCCACUGCCGGUGCCCCUUUGCCCCUUCAUUUGCAAACGAAAGGGGGGAAAAUAGGGGGGCCAGUGGGCAACGUCUCCUUGCACAGCAGUAACGAUUCCGGGUUCAGCAACGAUCCCCCACCACAACCGGAAAUCGACUAUUCUGAUGAUGAUUCUAUGCCUGGACAAACCAAAUUGCCUGCUAGAUCUAAAAAGCCUAAGGAAAAUGGGGAUGUUAGUAGCACGCUACCCAGGAAGUCUUACUCCAUGAAGCAAAGUCACAGUCAUGGGAAUUUGGUUGAUAAUCGUUUCUAUAUGUCCGACGACGACUUUAACAACAGGGAAAACAAAAAGAUCGUUAAGAGAACCAAGUCGUUCUGGAAGUUCGGUAAGACCGAGGAUAUUCUGGAAGGCAUGGCCUUGUGGCGACACAGAGAUUUAGUGGAUGUCGAUCGGGAAAAAUUAAAAACCAAAAACGAUAAACCUCGUAGAGAAAGGCGCCCAUCCCGCGACAAAUCCAACGAUUCAGACAAAACCAUAGUCAAACAGAAUGGGAACGCAAAUGAGAAGGUCCAGGAACGUAAAAAAUCCGAAGUCAAAGUUGAAAAACAACACAAACUUUCCCUACCGCCAAGACACAACCCAGACUUGGUGAACGAAGAUUUCGACUACGAAAAACGCGAAGUCGUCAAAUCAAACAAAAUCGACGACCAAUUUUAUGACGAUGACGGUGACGGUUUGAUGCUAAAAACGGUGAAUAGGAGGAAUAUCUUGCAACAAUACAGUAACGAUUCGUCUGGAGCAGAUUCAGGCAGUGAAUCUGAUGUGACCAGUGAUGAUCCAUACGACUGCAUUGUUGUUGAUGAUCAGAAUGUUAAAGAUAAUCGAUUUCCGAAUGUGGCAGAAUUGGGGAAAAAGUUGGAGAAGCUAUCCAAGUCGAGUAAAUAUUCUCCAAAUAAGGAAAACAACAUGAACAAUCAGCAGAUUCGUAACAGCAUCCAGGAGAAAAACAACAUAAAUAUGAGGCACGAUAGUAGAAAUAAUAUCGAGAAAAAGCUGAACACUGAAAUCCAAAACCAAGAUAUCAUACAAUACAGGGAAAAGCGCCACAGUUUCAAAACCUUUGGAGUGGAAACUAACAACGAAAAUGGCGAAAAAGAAGAGGAAAGAUAUUACAACCAAAAGAAAAACAACGAUAAUAACAACACGCAGGAUAAAACACACCGGAUUAAAAAGUCCAAUAAUAACAAUAACAAUAAAGAACGACAUGGAAGACCCAGCUACGAAAGCAUAGACGGCGAAGUGCAACAGAAAAAUAGAAACUCCAAAAGUCAAAAUAAUAGCCACAAGAAGGAGAAGAUGAAGUACUAUGAUUCCACAAACGACGAGCUAUCAGAUGCAGUGGAGAAUAGACAGUUUUUACCAAGAACAAAACUAUCGAAAACUAACAGUUCAAACUCCAACAAAUAUGAGCAAGAUAUUGGUUUGAUGGACUAUGGUGAAACCUUGCAAAAAAGGCUCAAAAACCCUGAAUACGGUGCAAAGUAUGACGAAAGGUCCCCACACAACGGUAACAUGUACGGGCCAUGGUACGAUCUAUGGGGCUUAGAUUCAUCAGUUAGAAAAUAAAAUGCAUGAUUUUGCUAUUGUUAAAUAUAAUUUAUUGUUUUGCAUGUUUUAUGUUGGCUAUACUUUAUUAAGGUGUUGGUGAUUUUUUUACAGGUCUAACAAUUUCGCUACAAUAAAAUUACGAAAAACUAACCCAAGUACAGAUAGAACAACAUCUUUAAUUUUAGAGUAAAUCAAAAGUAUGUUAACGAAACUAGUUGUUUAAUCAAAAACUUUAAUGUAUUUAGAGGAAAAUGUUAUUUUUUAUAUUUGCUAAGAAGCAUAUAAACGGGUGGCCCAGAAAACGAAUACUUUUUCGAUCAUCAAGGACAUUUUAUCUGCCAACUGUCAAGCGGUUUUAACCUCACUUUUUCCAAACUGACAUCUGUCAAACGGUUUUAACGUAAAUAAUAAAAUAACGAAUAAAAUGUAUAGGUACAUUUUUUGAAAAUUAAAACUGAUUUAAUCAAGCUGAG